AUGACGUUCACGCAGCUGACCAACAUGUAUCGCCACCGGAAGAAGUGCGAAGGGAGGUUCCGACUGGGCUGCCCGCUGUGCGGCAAAGGCUUCAGUCGCCGCGACAGUUAUAACGUGCACGUGGCCAAGCACCGCGCCUUAGACGCUCACGAGCAGUACGAGGUCAGUUGUAGUGAGAACAUUCGCCUUACUGGCCGGCGGCAGCAGUGUGAUCGUCGAGCAGUUGACCGCGGCUUACCGCAUGCCAUGUUCGUGGGGCGGAUGGCUACGCUCUUGAAAGCCAAGAAGCAGCGCCACUCCUUGCUGGGUCAGGAGGAGUCGGCGUGGCAAAGGUCAGAGGUUUACUGCGCAGCGACUGCGAGCAGAGAGCGGCAAGAUCCGCCCAGGAUGCUCCCUGACCUUAGCGACCCCUCGCUGGUCCUGUCAUCCGGGUAUCUGUGCCGCAACUGCGGCAAGAAGUUUUCGUACAGUCACAGCAUGAUGCGGCACCGGCGGAAGUGCGAGGGCACGUACCACCUCACCUGCGGCUUCUGCGGCAAGCGCUUCCACCGCCGCGACCUGUACGCCGACCACCUGGCAACCAACCACAACGCCGUUGACGCCGCCCGCAAACGCCUGGCGGACCCGGAGGAGCAGGUCUCCAUCCUGGCACCAGCCAACAUGUGA